AUGACUAUCACACAAGUCCCAGCUACUGUCAAACUUUCCGAGUACCUCUUCACCAGACUCCAUCGGCUCGGCAUUCGAUCAGUAUUCGGAGUACGAGGAGAUUACAACCUUCGUUUACUCGACUUUGUUGAGCCAGCCGGGCUACACUGGGUUGGCAACUGCAAUGAGCUGAAUGCUGCCUACGCCGCUGAUGGAUACGCUCGUAUAAACGGAUUCUCAGCCCUCAUCACAACAUUCGGAGCUGGUAGACUAUCAGCAAUCAAUGGAAUUGCCGGCGCUUUUACUGAACGCGCCAAACUUCAUCAUACUCUCGCUGAUGGUGACUACCGUCAUUUUGCGACUAUUGCCUCUCAUGUGACUAGGGCUCAGACGAAUUUGAUCGAUUCUCAAACUGUUCCUGAACAGAUUGAUGAAGUGCUCAAGCAGGCGAUGAUACACAGUCAGCCAGUUUACAUCGAGGUUCCAGAUGAUAUGGCAGACGUUGGUGUGAGGGCUACCGUUGAUGGAGAAUGUCGGGCUCUGGGUAUCGUUCAACAGGUGAACGACCUCAUCACGGCGACUGGCUGGCCAACUUGGACUACCAUUUUUGGAAAAGAUAUUGUUGAUGGGGAGCUUCCAAAUUUGUAUGGCAACUAUACUGGAUCCCUGGGAAGUGACAUCUACAAGACUUAUUUUGGGAGUGCGGAUUUGAUAAUCUCCUUGGGACCCCAUCACACCGACACCGACACUGCAGGUUUCUCGUUGAUUCCACCAGAAUUUGUGACCAUUUCUAUCUCAAAAAAUAUCGUUCAAAUUAGCGACAAGAUGCACCGAGAUAUCUCCAAUGGUUUCUUGACGAGACUACUUGAAGCCCUUGACGUCAAGCGCAUCCCGAAAGUCGAGGGCCCCCCUCGAUCACCUGCCGCGAGCGAUCAGGUAGAUCAUGAUCCUCAGGGUCCGCUUAUCCAAAAAAGCUCUUGGCGCUUUGCGAACCGUCUGUUUCGUACAGGCGACCUGAUCCUCACAGAAACGGGAACUGCAUCCCACGGGGGACGCCAUUUCAAACUUCCAUCGGCUUCACGGUUGUUCGGAGCAUCGGAGGUCGAACCGGAAACCCAUCGUGCUAUUUUGUUUAUCGGAGACGGAAGUCUCCAGAUGAGCGUUCAAGAAAUCAGUACUAUCAUCAAAGAGAACUUGAAUGUCAUCAUUUUUGUCAUUAAUAAUGAUGGCUAUACUAUUGAGCGUGCGAUUCAUGGGCGGAAGCAAGGCUACAAUGACAUCGCAGUUUGGAGGCAUAGAUAUGCUCUUCAGUUCUUCGGUGCUGAUGAAAAGCAUGCGACUGAAAAUUGCUUCACUGCCAGUACUCAUAGUGAGCUUGAAAGUGUACUUGCUAUUGAUCGAUUUCAGCAAGGAAAAGGUCUGAGAAUUGUGGAAGUUUACAUGGGCCGAGAGGAUGUACAGGGUGUGCUCUUGGGGCUUCUAGAGAAACAGAUUGCGGAGGAGGACUCGUAG